AUGUUAACUACCAGAGUAACUAUUAAAGCUAAUGCCAUACAUAGUAAAAAAUUAGCUACAUUCUCUUCACUACCAAUAUUACACCCCACUAAGACUAUAAUAAGUCGAUCGUAUCACCAACGUAUAAAUAAUGAUAAUAAUCUUAGGGGAAAAUGCAUUAAUAAUAGGAGUACAAGCAACAUUUUAGGUUCUACUAGAAACCCUUCCAAAAUUCAAAUCAAACUAUUUCAUUCUUCACCUUGUUCACAAUUUAAGUCUACUUUUAAGUGUUUCAACCAACAAAACGAAAAGAAUUCCAGAAACAACAGUACAAAAAAUAAUCAAAAACAACAAAAUGAUGGAUCUGAUCAAGACCCUUCAAAGAAGAAUAACAAUCAACCACAGUAUAAUUCGCUCGGUGAUUAUUUGAAAUCUAAAGAAUUCUUGAAUACCAUUUAUUGGACGAUUGGUUUUACUGUCUUAUUUACUUUAUUCAAUUCAAAUUCAUCAUCAAACUCUGAUCCUAUGGGUAAUGAAAUGAAUUUUCAAGAUUUCAAGAACAACUAUGUCUCAAAAGGUUUGGUGAAAAAAAUUACUGUAAUAAACAAAUAUUAUGUUGAAGCCGAAUUAAUUAAUACUAAUACAGUUGUUUCUUUUACUAUCGGUUCUGUUGAUGCUUUAGAAGAACAAUUAAAGCAAUUACAAGAUCAAUUAAAUAUUUCAAAAUUUGAUAGAAUCCCAAUCAGUUAUGUUACUAGAGUUUCAAUGUCCCAGAUUUUAUUACCAUUUGUACCAACUAUCUUAUUAUUAGGUGGUUUAUAUUUGAUAACAAGAAAAGUUGCAAAUGGAGCAUCCAACUUAAAUGGAGGUGGUGGCAGCGGUACCAACGGAAUAUUUGGAGUGGGUAAGUCAAAGGCUCAUCUCUUUAAUAAAGAGACGGAUGUUAAGGUCACAUUUAAAGACGUUGCCGGUUGUCAAGAAGCAAAGCAAGAAAUUAUGGAAUUCGUUGAUUUCUUAAAAAAUCCUCACAAAUACACAGAAUUAGGAGCUAAAAUCCCCAGAGGUGCUAUCUUAUCUGGUCCACCAGGUACAGGUAAAACUUUAUUAGCCAAGGCAGUUGCUGGUGAAGCUGGGGUACCAUUUUUAUCAGUAUCUGGUUCUGAAUUUGUUGAAAUGUUUGUGGGUGUUGGUGCCUCAAGAGUUCGUGAUUUAUUUGAGCAAGCAAGUAAAAUGGCUCCUUCAAUUAUUUUUGUUGAUGAAAUUGACGCUAUUGGUAAAGCAAGAGGUAAAAAUGGUAGCUUAGGAGGUUCAAAUGAUGAAAGAGAAGCCACUCUAAAUCAACUAUUAGUUGAAAUGGACGGGUUUUCAACAAGUGAUCAAGUUGUUGUUCUUGCUGGUACUAAUAGACCUGAUGUUCUUGAUAAAGCUCUAUUGAGACCAGGUAGAUUUGAUAGACAUGUUCAAAUCGAUGCUCCUGAUGUCGAAGGUAGAAAACUGAUAUACUUGGUUCACUUGAAAAAAUUGAACUUAGAUCCUCUAUAUUCUGAAGACAAGCAAAAACAAUUAUUAGCUGGGAAACUAGCUGCCUUAACUCCCGGUUUUACUGGUGCUGACAUUGCAAAUGCUUGUAAUGAAUCUGCCUUAAUUGCAGCAAGAAAAAUGGACCCAUACGUUCAAUUCACACACUUUGAAGAAGCUAUUGAAAGAGUAAUUGCUGGUUUAGAAAAGAAGUCAAAAGUUUUAUCUCCUACUGAAAAAACAACAGUAGCUUAUCAUGAAGCUGGUCACGCUGUUUGUGGUUGGUUCUUAAAGCAUGCAGACCCUCUUUUAAAAGUCUCAAUUAUUCCUCGUGGGCAAGGUGCUCUAGGUUACGCUCAAUAUUUACCAGCUGAUCAAUACUUAGUUACAAAAGAUCAAUAUAAACAUAGGAUGAUUAUGGCUUUAGGUGGACGUGUUUCAGAAGAAUUACAUUUUCCCUCGGUAACAAGUGGGGCACAUGAUGACUUUAGAAAAGUCACUGAUAUGGCCCGUAUCAUGGUAACAGCAUUGGGUAUGUCACCAGAUUUAGGCUAUGUUUCCUAUCAUAAUGAUCCAGAAAAUUCUUUCUUCCAAGUAAAUAAACCAUUCAGUGAAAAGACCGCUCGAAAGAUUGAUUUAGAAGUCAAGAAAUUUGUGGAUGAAGCUCAUUCAAAAUGUAGACAGUUAUUAAUGGAAAAUAUUGAAAACGUCGAUAAAGUUGCCAAAGAAUUGUUGAAGAAAGAAAAAAUUACACGAGCAGAUAUGAUAAGAUUAUUAGGGCCAAGACCAUUCCCUGAAAAAAACGAAUCUUUUGCAAAAUAUUUAGACAUUGACCCUCAAUCUAUUAUAUGA